UGUACCAUCUUUUGAGAUUGUGCUACCUGAUUUCGCAUACUUUUCGUACAAUAUAAGAUUCUACCUAACUAAAGUGUUCUCGAGAAUAAUAAAUAUUUGUUUGAAGAUUUUCAAAUUUACUUAAACAGUAUCAAAGUUAACGCCGUCACAUAAAACAAAAAUACAAUUGAAUGUAUUUUCUUAAACCACACCAAUUAAAAAAUGCAUGUUUUAAAUUUGACAUUUUCUAUUGUUACGUUUGUUGGAUGCUUUCGACCGCUAUCGUGGACGUCAUUGUUUAAACGUGUUAUUUAUAAUCUCUACAGAUCAUUUAUAAUUACCCUUUUAUAUACUUUUGUAUUUCUACAAUUUUUGGAUAUUGUUUUCAAUGUUGAUAAUCCCGACGACUUUACUGAUAAUUUGUACAUGAUGUUGAAUGUAUCUGUUUCGGGAUAUAAAUUGCUGAUUAUGUGGAUUAAUUAUACGAACGUCGCAAUAUUAAUCAACAAACUUAAUGAACAGCCAUUUAAACCACAGGAUUUAGGCGAGCUGGAAAUUCGCCAGAAAUAUGAUAAACUAAUACGAAUGAACACGUUACGUUAUACGAUCCUAAUUGAGACAUCAUGGUCAUGUACCGGCUUGACGUCAUUGCUCGCCGAUUUCAGGCAUAGAAGAUUAACAUACAGAUCGUAUGUAAUAUAUGAUUAUUCGUCUUACAUGGUAUUUUGUAUCAUGUACGCUCAUCAGUUUCUAAGUACAUUCUAUUGCGCUACUGUAAAUGUAGCCUGCGAUACUCUUAUAUGCGGUCUCUUAAUGCAUGUGUGCUGUCAAAUCGAAAUCUUGGAGUAUCGUUUAAAAAAGCUCAUGACAGAUCAAAAUAUUCUGAAUUACUGUAUACAACAUCACAACAGUAUAUUUGAGUUUGCGUCUUUAAUAAACACAAGAUUCUCGCAAAUAAUCGGAUUCCAAUUUAUGACGAGUACAUUGAUAAUAUGCUCCAAUUUAUUUCAACUUAGCAAAUUGUCACUGAGCGCAGAAAGUAUUUCAUUAGUCGUAUAUACAUGUUGCAUGCUGACACAAAUAUUUAUUUAUUGCUGGUUCGGACAUAAAGUCAAAACAAAGAGUGUGAAACUAGCAGAUAUGAUUUAUCAAAUGGAAUGGCCAAUACUAAAAAAUAGCAUUAAGAAAGAUCUUAUAAUGAUUAUACAACGUGCGACGAUACCUAUCGAGUUUGUUAGUGCACAUGUCAUUAGCUUGAAUUUAAACUCUUUUGUAUCGUUGCUUAAAUUAUCAUAUUCCGUUUAUAAUUUAUUAAUACAAAUGCAAGAGAAAUAAUACAUACACACGUAAUCUAGCCUCUAUCUUGGAUGCAUAUUUUGGUAAAUAAGUUAUCUGUAUA